AUGGUCUUUCCUGACUUGCAGCUGACACGUCGAGGUGAAAGGGAAAGAAGCAUGGCUGUGUUAAGACGGUCUCGAAAUGUAUUGUUAAGGUGGAAUAAGCAUGUCAGCCUUGAGUACGUGUCAACACGACCAAUGGCCUCAAAAACACCUGUGGGGUUUAUUGGCCUGGGAAACAUGGGCAGUCCCAUGGCCAAAAACUUGUUAAAAAACGGUUAUCCUGUUAUUGCCACUGAUGUCUUCCCUGAGUCCUGCAAGGAGCUGCAGGACCUAGGCGCUCAGGUAGUGGACACCCCAGCGGAGGUGGCGGAGAAAGCAGACCGGAUCAUCACAAUGCUGCCCUCAAGUCCCAAUGUCAUAGAUGUCUAUAUAGGUCCAAAUGGCAUCCUUAAAAAGGUGAAGAAGGGAACUCUGUUGAUUGACUCAUCCACCAUUGACCCUGAAGUCUCAAAAGAAAUAGCAGCUGUAGCAGAAAAGAUGGGCGCCGUGUUUAUGGACGCUCCAGUGUCAGGAGGUGUCGGUGCUGCCAGCAUGGCUAAACUGACCUUCAUGGUGGGUGGAGUGGAGGAGGAAUACAAGGCUGCGCAGGAGCUGCUCACCUGCAUGGGAGUCAAUGCUGUAUACUGUGGACAGGUUGGAACUGGGCAGGCAGCAAAGAUCUGCAACAACAUGCUGCUGGCCAUUGGGAUGAUUGGCACUGCAGAGACCAUGAACCUCGGCAUCAGACUGGGGUUGGACCCCAAGCUGCUGGCAAAGAUCCUCAACAUGUCCUCAGGUCGUUGCUGGUCCAGCGACACUUACAACCCAGUCCCUGGAGUCAUGGAGGGAGUCCCUUCCACCAACAACUACCAGGGUGGCUUUGGAACCACACUGAUGGCCAAGGAUCUUGGAUUGGCCCAAAACACAGCCACCAACACUAAGACACCCAUUCCUCUAGGCUCCCUAGCCCACCAGAUCUACCGAGCCAUGUGCUCCCGUGGCUACGCUAACAAGGACUUCUCAUCCAUCUUCCAAUUCCUACGCGAGGAGGAAGGCCAGUGAACGGUGGGGGAGCACAGCUGACUGUUAUGUUACCACACACAAACCACAACUACACACCCGUUAUCUAGUGCCCCUUAUCCCACUAUGCUCAGGAGAGACUCAGACCUUGCACUCAAGCAGGGAUCUGCAGUCCAAUUAACAUGCUGUAUGUUGACACAUGUCCCCUCAUUGCUUUAGCUGAAUCAUAUUUUCAAUUCAUGGCUUUCUCUGUCUGCAUGGGGGAAAUGCUAAAACUGACCUUAGAUCAGAAUCUAGAGACAAAGAAUCUCUUCCCUGUAUGGUAUGAGUGGCCUAGAGUUGUGAAAAUAAGAGGUAGGAAGAGUCGCUGCAGGUUUACAUGUAACUAUGCAAAUAAUAUGUGGUUUUUCAGGAUGAUUGAUAAGUAAUGAUUAACAAUGAUUGCAUGGAUUUUGGGAGUUUAAUUAUGUUUUGUUGGGUUGCAUGUUACCUUAAUAAUGUGGACCUGUCACUGUUAAGUGAAAGGGGGAAUUUACACAGUAUUAGAAUUUCAUCAAAGAGACAAUGCAAGAGAGUGCAGGGUUUGGGUUGCCUUUUUCUAAUGGAACAAAAUGUGACAUUCACAGCACAUAGUGUGUAGUAACCACAACUAGUCAUGCUGUCAUCUCAAAGUUUACUUGUUCUGUUUGUGUGUUUUUGCCAGGAGGGUGUUGCCAUUCAGUCACUUAAGUGUCACCUGAGUCUUCCUACCAGCAUAAAUGUUUUGUUCAUUAUUCAGUCAUCCAGUUAUUCUUUUAACCUUGUGAAUACACUAGAGCUAUAGUAGUUUCAGUUGUUUGCUAUUACAUUUAAGCCAGCACUCACUGGGUCGACCAGUUCUGCUCUACUAUACUGUGAAAAAAAUAUCUGAUUAUUCAUGCACCAUGUAUGCGAUGUCUCAGGUCGUUUUGAUACUGUUACAAAACCUCUGAACUUAUCUCUACUGUGUACAUCUGCUUAUCGAGCCACUGGAGUAUUAUUUUGAGACCAAUACUGUUUCAGCUUUAUACUAUUUACUACCAAAUGGUAUCCAUCCAUCCAUCCAUCCAUCCAUUUUCCUCCGCUUAUCCGGGACCGAGUCGCAGGGGCAGC